AUAAAAUGGAGUACUGGAAUAUACUUUUAAGAUUGACGCAAAAUUUUCUAGUUUACGCCGUUUUCAGGAUAACUGUAAAAAUUCUUUGGCCCCACGUGUACACUCUUCAAAAGUCAUUAAUGAAAAAGUAUAUUAGAACAUAAAUUAGAACCCAUAAGACAAAAUUUUUAGUUAGAGUUCCAAAAUGGCGGGUUUAGAUUCAUUUUUAACUAGCACCAGAAGAGAUUACAAAUGGCCUUAUCCAAAGCCUAUGGUUUCAAAACCAUCAGAGCCUCCUGCACGUGUUAAACACAAUAACGACUAUGUCGCCCGACUGGUCGAACCAUAUUGCCAUUGUGAUUUUCAUUUGUAUGAACCAGAGAUGGGAAGAUAUAAAAAGUUGGCGCAAAAGGAGAUGCAGCUGUAUCAGGAGUUAGAAGAAUUGAGUAAAAAGAUGGCAAUAUUAUCCAGCGACAUUCUUGACCAUCCGUGCGAUACCGAUGACGAAAAAAUGAAAACCAUAUACCAAACCGAUUACAUCAAGAAAGGUUUACCACUAACUUCAUACAAGAAACUGACGGCUGCAAUAGAUUCUCCUGUAGGAAUUCCUGUAAAGGGAGAAAUUAUAGGUUUGGGUCGGGGAUAUAGAGAUCCAACGAAAUUCAGGUUCAACACCUUUCCCAAGCCUUUUGUGGAUGUUUGUUCACAAAUUGGUUUCCAAAGAACACCAACGGCAAUAGAAGACUGGUUUGUUCACAGAACAGGCACCAGCGAAUAUCAUGAUACUAUCAACAAUAUGGGUCUUAAUAUUAUGAAAUCGCGUCAGCAAUACACUGAGCCAUUGCUCUCCACAAGAGGCAGAGAAGAUGAUCCAUGUCGUUAAGAAAAUUGUGUUUAACCAUUUGAAAAACAUUUAUUUUAGGUUGGUAAAAAAUUAAUAAAAUUUUAGUUAUAGCACAAAUG